AUGCUCCAACGCCCAGGUGUAGACCGACUACCGGAGUGCUUCGUCGAGCCAGGUCUUGGAAUCACAUUCCGCGAACAGUACGAAAGGUAACUCAAUCAUGUGGCGAUUGCCUAUUAUGAGAAAGUUUUAUUGAUGGAACCUGUCGGGAAUACGGAAGCGGAACGAUCGUGCACCGAUCUACGUUCAGAAGCAGCUUUCAAUCUGGCCCUACUGUAUCGUUCCCACGGGAAUCAUGCGAUGGCACAUCAUUUGAUGCAACAAUACCUGGUCAUCUGA